AUGGUGAACAUUCCCAAGACCAGGAAGACCUACUGCAAGGGCAAGGACUGCAAGAAGCACACCCUGCACAAGGUCACGCAGUACAAGGCUGGCAAGGCCUCCCUGUUCGCCCAGGCAAGCAAAUCUGGUUUCGGUGGUCAAACGAAGCCUGUCUUCCACAAGAAGGCCAAGACCACGAAGAAGGUUGUGCUGCGUCUCGAGUGCUCCUCGUGCAAGACCAAGCUGCAACUGGCCCUGAAGCGAUGCAAGCACUUCGAGCUGGGUGGUGACAAGAAGACCAAGGGUGCCGCCCUUGUGUUCUAA